AUGCCUUAUAGCCACAUUCUACCAUAUUCAUUGAGGGGAUCACUUGUACAACUAAGGGAGUUAGGACCCCCACCAGCGGUUCUUCCUCCCGGUUAUGACGCAAAUGCCCACUGUGAAUUUCAUUCUGGCGCUCCUGGGCAUUCAAUCGAGAAUUGUAAUGCAUUAAAGUACAAGGUUCAAGAUCUUAUUGAUUCUAAGGCAAUCACGUUCGCCCCCAAGGGGCCGAAUGUAAAUAACAACCUGAUGCCCCCUCACAACAAUGCAUCAGUGAAUAUGAUGGAAGCUGACAAUGGAAGGAGAUUGAUGUCCUGUGUGGACGAGUUAAAAACACCACUCAUCGAGAUCAAGAAUGCUUUAAUGAAGAAUAAUACCUUUCCCAUCUGCGGUAAUGACUGUGAACACUGUCUGAUUAACCCGCAACAAUGUAGAACAUUGAAGUCUAUCAUACAACAAUUAAUGAACCAAGGGAUCUUGGUGGUAGACCGCCCGUCCACAAAGGAAGAUGUGUCUACCCUCGAGAUACCAUACGACGAAGUCCCUCCUCUGCAAAUUCCAUAUGACUUCUCUCAGUUAACUCUGUCGACAAAUCCUGUUACUCCAAUCGUAAUAACAGUUCCCACACCAUUCCCAUAUGUUGACACCAAGGCAGUCCCAUGGAUGUAUGACACCUCAGUCUACAUUCAUGGUCAGAAGAUUCAAGAAGAACCGUUAAAGUCUAGUGAUCCAAUGAUCAAUAUCAUCGGCACUAGCGGAAUCACGAGAAGUGGAAGGAUAUUUGCACCAACACCCACUCCAAUUGGAACUAUCAAUCCUUCAACUUCGAACAAAGGCAAACAAAUUGAUGGCGCUCAGCAAAGAGAAGACCCCACACCUUCCAAUGAAGUAGACGAGUUCUUACGCAUUAUCAAGAAGAGCGAUUAUCGAGUAGUUGAUCAGCUUAACCAGACACCCUCAAAAAUCUCAAUGUUGUCUUUAUUAAUGUGCUCGGAGGCCCAUAGGGAUGCUUUGGUAAAAUUUCUGAGGACAACUCACGUGCCGCAAGAGAUAUCUGUUUGUCAGUUUGAAGGAGUAGUUAACAAUAUCGUUACUAGCUUAAGCUUGGGUUUCAGUGAUGAAGAGCUUCCCGCCGAGGGGAGGAAUCAUAACAAAGCUCUCCAUAUUUCUAUUGAGUGCGUGGACACAGUCCUAUCAAGAGUUUUGGUAGACAUUGGGUCUUCCCUCAAUGUGAUGCCUAAGAGCUCCUUUGCUAAACUAAAUGUUGAAGGACUCGUAAUGAAGCCGAGUGAGCUUAUAGUAAGAGUAUUUGAUGGGACUAGAAGGACUGUAAUCGAGGGUGAGGAGGACAUUGUGGUAAGUCACCUCACAUCCUUUCGAUACGUUGAAGGAGAAGGGGAAAUAAGGGAAGUCCCAUUCCAAUCAUUUGAAGUUAUCAAUGUUGAAAUGGUUUGCCCAGCAAGGGACGAAUCCAAAGAUGCCGAAUAUCCCAUGGCAUCUCUUAAAGACGCCCUGACAAUCAUAAAGGAUGGACACCCCCAAGGAUGGGGAAGAUUGCUUGAACUCCCUGCCAACAAGGAGCGCACCGGUUUGGGAUACAACUCCCAGAAUUUGAAGAAACCCACAUCGAUAGCUACAAGGGGAUCAAUGCUCCUGCUAUCCAAAAACUUCUCAAGUGUUCGUUACCUGGAUGACAACCGUAUUUGUGCCGUGGAAGAAGAAGAAGAAGAAGAUGAUGGGUUAAUCUUCACAAAGACUGAUGGAAAUGGUGCCACCAAUAGACCGAGUUUGAAAUACCUAAAGUGA